AAGAAAGAGUACAAUCUAUUAUAUAUUGAUUAAAAAUGGUUCAGGCUCCUGAAGGUGCCAUGGGACAUCCAAAUCUCCCCCAAGCUUUAAUACUGUUAAAUGAAAUGAAUUCAAGUACACAACAUGUUGCCUCUCUCGUUGAUAAUAUGCUUCAAAGAGUAAGGAAAGGUGAAAUUUCCACAGACCAGGGUCUCAGUUUUCUAGAGAUGAAAUAUCACACACUCUUAAGCUACUUAAUAAAUUUAACUUUUAUUGUAUUAAGGAAAUGUUCUGGAGAAAAUAUUGAAGGUGAUCCUUGUAUAGAUCGCUUAAUUGAAUUGAGAACAGUACUGGAGAAAAUUAGACCCAUUGAUCACAAACUAAAAUAUCAAAUAGACAAACUAGUUAAGACAGCUGUUAGUGGAAGAGAAGCUGAUGAUGCUACACUUUAUAAAGCAAAUCCAAAGAGUCUUAUGGAUAACAGUGACAGUGAUUCUGAUGAGGACAGUGAUAAUUCAGAAGAAAAUGUUAAGAGUGCAAAAUCAAAAAAUGUUUAUGUUCCUCCCAAAUUAGCAGCUGUUCACUUUAUGGAUGAUACUGCUGUGGAACGUAAUAAGAGGGCUCAUGAAAGAAAUAAGAAACAUGCACUUUCAACUUCAGUCAUUGAAGAACUAAAAGAGGAAUAUUUGGAUACUCCUGUUGAAAUUGCUCAAAAUAAUCGUGCUCAGCAAAUCUUAACUAAGCAACAGAAGGAACGCCAGGAAUAUGAGGAGGAAUAUUUAACUCGUUUGCCUGUUACAAAAGUUGAAAAGCAAAUGAGAAAGAAGCUGACUACCAUGGGAUCAUUAGGACACGAAUUGACCGAUUUUGGAUCAAACAAGAAAAGUACAAAACGUAAAUCAUCUAUGAAAGGUAAAGGUAAAAAGAAUUUUAAAAGAAAACGAUUUCACUGACAAAUUUGUUUGUUUCUUAUUGCUGUUAUUACAAGUACAGGGUGUUGUACAUUUUUAUUUUCAAUUUAUAACAAUUUUUAUUUUAUUAAGUACUUCUACUCAGCUGUUGUUAAAGAAGAAAAAAUAACUUAAAUGUUAUUCAAAAGGCUGUACUACUUUUUCAACAGCUUUCAAGUAAAAAAAAAAGAAUAAGUGUGGCAGAUCAAGUAAAAUGUCUAUAAUUUAGUGUCUUGAAAAAAUAGUUUUGUGAACUUUAGAAUUACUACUUGUCUUGCAUUUGAUUUGCAAAGGAAAGAAAUACUUAUUAUGAAUCAUAUUUAAUCGUUUUUAUUUUCUUUUAUUCUUUGUGUAUGUAGUAAUAAGUAUUUUAACAAUAUUGGAAGUUGAAUGGUUUGUCUUCAAAGAUUAACGAGUUUUUUUUUAUAUUUAAUGUUAAUAUUUUGUUUAAAUGCUUGUUAAGUUUUUUACUUGUUACUUGCGUUGUUCGUAGUCUUUUGAUUCAUAGUAAUUUCUCUCGUAUGUUUAUCAUUUCUCAAGAAUAAUUAAGCAUAUUUCAAUCAGUGUAAUUAAGAAGAGAAAUAAAAACGAGAGCUUAUUAGUA